UCCUUGUGAUUGUGAGAUGGCAACCAUGGCUACCACCAGCACCACCCACAAAAUAAACCCAUAAUUAACCAAAGAAAAAGGACUUCUUUUGCGUUAUUUUUGUAAAAAAGACUAAAAGAAAAAAACCCAAGAAGAAUAUACCAUCCUUUUCUCCUUCUAUUUGUUCUUUGAAGAACUUGACUUGGCUGGGCCCUCCAUUUCUGAACCUUCCCCUGCAUUUUCCUUGAUUUUUCCUUAGUGGGUAUUUCUUCUUCUAUUCAAAGGUUCCAGCUUUUGGCAGUGCUGCUGAAUAGAAAGAAAGAAAACCCUUUCUUUUUUGAGCAAAAAGGAAAAAAAAAAAGAAAGCUUUUGUUUUUCUUUUCUUGGUAAAUGUGGGGGGCUCCAGCAGAACCUGCUGAUUCUUAUUAUGAGGUCCGGCCUGAAUGCACUGAUGUGCCAAUAACCAAGUUUAAGAUCAAGCCUGGUAAAACUCUAAGUGUAAGAAAAUGGCAAGCUGCAUUUUCUCCAGAUGGGCAUUUGGAUUUAGGCAAAACUCUAUAUCGAAUCCAGCGUGGGGGGAUCCAUCCAUCAAUUAGAGGAGAAGUUUGGGAGUUUCUACUUGGCUGUUAUGAUCCUAAGAGCACAUUUGAUGAAAGGGAGCAGAUACGGGAGCACCGAAGGGUGCAAUAUGCUAGAUGGAAGAAUGAAUGUCGUGAAAUCUUUCCUGUUGUUGGAAGUGGUAAAUUUAUUACAGCACCUGUAAUCACCGAAGAUGGUCAGCCCAUUCAAGACCCUUUAGUACUUUUAGAGACAAAUCCAGGUCUAAAUGCUGACAGUACAGAAAUGGUGAAGCAGCUAACCAGUCAUGGUCCUUUGGACAAGAAAGUAAUCCAGUGGAUGCUUACGUUACAUCAAAUAGGUCUUGAUGUUAUUCGCACCGACAGGACUUUAGUAUUCUAUGAGAAGCAAGAGAAUCUGUCAAAACUUUGGGAUAUUCUCUCUGUUUAUGCCUGGAUAGAUACAGAUGUUGGCUAUUGUCAAGGAAUGAGUGAUCUAUGCUCCCCCAUGAUUAUGCUUCUUGAAGAUGAAGCUGAUGCAUUUUGGUGCUUUGAGCGUCUGAUGCGCAGAUUGCGAGGAAAUUUCAGAUGCACUGAGGGUUCUGUAGGGGUAGAGACACAACUUAGUAAUUUGGCUGCAGUAACUCAAGUUAUUGAUCCAAAACUUCAUCAGCACUUAGAGACACUUGGUGGAGGUGACUAUCUCUUUGCUUUUCGAAUGCUAAUGGUCUUGUUUCGUCGAGAGUUCUCAUUCUGUGAUUCAUUGUAUUUAUGGGAGAUGAUGUGGGCUCUGGAAUAUGAUCCUGACUUGUUCUCUCUAUAUGAAGAACCCGGAUCAAAUAUUGAGAAGGCUGAGGAUGCUAAAGCAAAAGCAAAAUCAAUACGUCAGUGCGGGAAGUAUGAGAGAGAAAAUAUGAAAAUUAAAAGCUCUGACGCCCCGCUUCCCAUUUCUGUUUUCCUUGUUGCCAGUGUCUUAAAAGAUAAGAGCUCAAUGCUACUGCAAGAAGCUCGGGGCCUGGAUGAUGUAGUUAAGAUUCUAAAUGACAUAACUGGAAAUUUGGAUGCCAAGAAAGCUUGCAGUGAAGCAAUGAAACUUCAUAAGAAAUACUUAAAAAAGGCCAAGAAGACAUAGCAUAAGGUGUACCGGAUGACGUUUUCAAUGCAGUCAAGAAAUAGUGAGAGUAUUUUUUUUCUGCAUUACACGACUUGAUUUGGAAGAAGAUAAUAAUAUAUAUACCCAGAAGAAUCCUGGCAUAGUGGUUAGAAUUCUAUAGUUGCUCCAACCAUCAAAUGUUGCUAUAGAAUCCAUUGCUGUAUCUAAUUUCAAUCUUCCACACUGUUUGUAUACGAAAACAUUGUUUACUGAUCUUUAUACGAAUCCAUUGUUGUAUUAACGUGUCUUGUUUUUCAUAAUCAUUCAAAUUUCAAUGAAAUACAAAGAAAAUCAGCUGCUAAUGCAUAUAUUCUUCAUAGCCUGUUCAUGAGAAACAGCAACCAGAUUUUUGUGAGAAGCAUUUGAUUUUUGUAGAAAGCAUUCAAAGGAUAAAAUCUUGAAUGCAUCUUGAAUGCACAAAGCAUUUGAUUUUUGUAGAAAGCAACCUGAUGAAUCUCAUUUAUAGCAGUGGAAAUAG